AUGUUUAGCAUGGUGGAAAGCAUGCUAGAGGACGAGCCUGAUACGUUGGUCUGUGUCUUCAUCGACGAGGUUGAGACCAUGACGGCCCAGAGAGAACAAACGUUAAGUGGAAAUGAUCCCCUUGAUGCAAUGAGAGCUGUUAAUUCUCUUCUCAUGUCCUUGGAUCGGUUAAGGCAGCACCUUAAUGUAAUCGUGCUCUGCACAAGCAAUCUCCUUUCUGCUCUAGUGAGUGAUCUGAUGCCCAGAAGUCAGGAUAAAAGGGUUGAUAAUGUCAUAUUAACAUCAAUGCAGGACUCAGCGUUCCUUGACAGGGUUGAUAUUAAACAAUUUGUUCCACCGCCUUCAGAAAUUGGGGUAUAUGAGAUCUUCAGAAGCUGUUUAGAGAGCCUGAGUAAAUGUGGUCUGAUAGAAGGAUCAAGAUUCGAUGUUGCCCCAGUUGAUCCAACCGACACAGCCACGGAGCUCAAGUACAUUAUCGAGCCUGCCCAGUGUCUCGUACUACCUAGUUAUGGGGAGAUGCAGUUAUGGUAUCAACUGUUUCCAUCUUCCAUCCCAAAACAGCUAGCGGAUGUUGCACAAGUGAGCGUUGUAAGUGACAUGUAUAUACUUCACUCUCAGCGUAUUGGUGCCCCCUUCUAA